AUGUCCGAGAUUAACAUUCGUAUUGAACAUGUUAACCCAUCAAAAUGUCGAGAUGAUUUCUUGAAGCGUGUCAAAGAAAAUGAAGAAAAAGUUGCUGAUGCUAAAAAGAAGGGAAUUAGAGUGUGCCUUAAACGCAAACCUCAAGGACCUCGACCCGGUCACAUAGUAAGAGGAACGGAUCCAAUCAGUUUAGCUCCUCUACCUUAUGAAUUCAUUGCUUAAUUGCUGCUUUAAAUAUAAAUGUCGAUUUAAACACA